AGGAGUUUGGCUCCGUUUGUCAUGGCCGGGCUUUGAGUUUGGCUCUCGGGCCACUUGUGCUGCCCUGCUCGUGCGCGGGUGCCGCGGGUGCGAUGGAUGGAGACACAGAGGGAGCUGAGCUUCCUGAGGUGGCACAGGCGGCGGUUCAAAUCGCCCAGUGGAGCGACAAGUACUUCAAGCCCUUGACGCCAGUGACCUCCUCCUACCGGCAGAAGGACGUGGCGAUCUCCGGGGAUCCGAAGUUUCACGAGAUGAGCCACUUCCUCACCAGCCACCUGCACCAGGAGCGCCUGGUUGGAAACACCCGGGAGGAAUCCCCGCGCAAGGAUGGUAUUGACAUGAUGGAAACGCGGGCCAGGAAGCUGGCGCAAGAGGCGAGGAGCGAGGAUACACCCAGAUCGCUCUGCUCGGAAGGGCCCAGGAGCUUUCCGACGUCCCCACGGUUCGCCAUCACCGGCAGCGUGAUCACCGGCACGAGCUUCGUGCAGGGCCCGACGAGCCCCUCAGCGGGGUCUCAGAGCAGCCCGUCCAGGCCCAGCGAGGUGCCCAGGGCGCGGAUGCUGGGCAAAGAGGCGGAGCUCCAAAGGAGGCUGCAGUGGCGUGAGGAGCUGGAUAGGAAUUUGAGGCGGCUCAUGACGGAUGUGGAGCUCGGCCGGGAUCCAGCGAUGAAGCACUACGGGCACCGGAUGGUUUGCGAACAGUUUGACAAGCGCUACGACUGGUUCAAAGACUGCGGGGACAAGGAGGUGCUUAAGGAGCAGCAAGGCCCGCCCUUCGUGCGGUAUGAUCCGGCGAAGCCGAUCAUGGCAGGCUCUACUCGAGGAAUACCCAGAAACUUUGAAUCUGUGUUUGACAGGGAAAGGCGCUGACGGACUUUGCCAGCAAAGCCAUGGAAGACGUGGGAGUGCAGGUUGUCGAAACGAGUUUAGCGACCCUUUGGCGAACAGGAAUAGGCCUUGUGGGUGGU